CCUGUUCAGUUGUAAACAAUAUGUCAGAUAAAUAGACCACUGCAUGAAAUGAAUCCUUUGCUCAAACAGAAACGUCAACGAGUUCCGUAUGGCGAUGUUUGGGAUAAGCCAUUUAUAUAUCUUGGAGUAACAUAUUGCAAUGCUAAUUUAAAUAAAUCAUUUUCUAAAAAUGUAAUUUUAGCAUUAGAUAUUUUAUCAGAAAAACUCCAAGAUAAUCUGUAUGUUGGAGACUCGUUGUGCGAUAUUUAUCAGGGGACAUCAGCAGUGCUAAUGAAUGCAAACGGAGAUGUCAAAUCUAUCGUAGAUGUUCGACAAAGGAAAGCAGUAGAAAGUCUUGUAGAAUUCGUUAAAAACUUGGAUGACGGUAGAAAACAUGCACAGUGUCUCCUAGAAAUGGUUAAUAAGAAGGAUGAAGCAACUAUUCAAGCAGUUUUGGCCUGUCAUCUUUUCUCUCCUCUCUUAUCUGAGGGAAAAGUGUUUGUGGAUCGUACUAACCGGAAUCCAAGGAAAAAUUCCAGUGAUACAUUUCCUACUGUUGGUACUAGUACAGAUCCAAAUGAUGAUCCUUUAAAAGUUGAAUGUCCAUUCUGUAAAAAGGCUAACAUAAAAGCAGACAACACAAAUUUUGGUUGUGUAGAUAUGUGGCAUGGAAGGGCAGAUAUUGUUGUUAAAGGAGAUAAUGGUUCUAUGCAAGAAAUCAUUAAAAUUGCUGUUGAUGAACAUGAUGAUGAGGAAGGUCAAGGUGAACCUGCAUCAAAAAGAGCAAAGAUGGAUGAAGAUAUAGAUCUUUGGUAUAGUCUGGCAGAGGUGAAAACAGAUAUAGAGGGUUCAGUUACUUCAGAUCUUCGUGAAACUCAAGAUUAUGUACAGGCAAUAAGUCAGACAAUUUUAAAUUCAUUUUUGGCAGUAAAACUCAACAAAGGUUUAAGAAGUCAUUUGAUUCCAUCUUUUUUUGUUUCCCCUAAGUAUAUUUACAUCAAUUUUUACAAUGUUGAAAAGGAUAUUUUACUCGUGCAAGAUCACCCAAUUAAAAUUUUUGACAAGGAUGGUGUGAAUUAUUGGGCAAUUCUCUCUGUUUGGAUGGCAUUGAAUUUUGAAAAAUUUCCUUGUGAGUUUCAAGGAGAUGCUUCAAAAAAGUCUGGUUUUCAGAAUUGGCUGCAAAAGCAUGGUGUUCUUGAAAAAUAUAAGAAUGAGAUCACAUGUAAAUAUACUGCUGCCAGAAAGCCAGCACAGGAAAAAACAAACAGCACAGUGAACCCUAUGAGAGUUGCUGAAUUGUUCAGGAAACUGAUUCAAGGUGAAAAUGAUGGUACAACUUGAAUGUGUAAAACAUAAAAACCAUUUUUCUAUACGCCUGUCGAAGAUGGGACAUAAAUUGGUAUACCAAUGUCUGUCUAUCAACACUUCUUAUGAUGACUGAAGUUGACUGUAACCAAUUCUCAUAUAAUCUGAAGAAUGAUUGUAGGUUUAAAUUAACAGGCAGCAACUUUUAAAAAUCAAUGUAAGUGUGUUAGGCAUAUUAGGUGAGGUCUUAUUUUAGCAUAAAUCAAUACUUCAGUCUCUGUGUUAAUUUAAAGAUAUAUUUAUAUUUUUACAUGUGUAUUCCUAUCGAAUGAAUUUUGAGCUACUUGCAUUUGAGAUUUAUUUAUUUACGACUAUUGGAUCACACAUUUACUGAGUCAAAUUAUUUUGAUUGUGAAUUUAAGAUUACAGAUGGUUAAAACAUACUUUUAAAUAUCAACCUAUUGUGAUAUGGUUCUGCAUUUUUUAUGCUUCCUUUGCAGUACAUCUUAUUUUAAGGCUUUUGUUUGAUUGAACACAUGACAAAUCUUAAUUUAAUUUAUUGAAACUUUUCAGGUGGUUUUAUUAUUUGAAUUUGAUUGUCAAGUUAUAGAAAUUGUGUUUCUCAUAAGAAGUCAUAUAUGUGUAAUCUGGAGCGUUUUGACAACAUAAAUAUAUUUAGCAGACUUUUAAAAUCUUUUCUUUCAUCAUGAUGUGCUUAUUCUAAGUUUAACCGUGCAAUUAAUGUGUGUAUGUGAAAAAAAAUCAAAUAAGCAACUCACUCUCACCCUCUUACAUAACCUAACAAAGAAAUAUCACCUUAAAUAUAGUAAUUCCACUUUUAUCUCGAAAGACCUUAUGACUUUUUAUACGCAAGUUUAAGUACGUAUUAUUGUAUACUGUUGAUCGUCUGUCCAUCCAUCUGUCCAUCCGUUGUCAACAUGUCCGACAUAAGCUCAAAAACGCUUUAACCAAUAUGCAUGAAACUUUGGUGAGCGCCCUUUUGUUUUUUAUAAAUACGGAUUUACCAUUUCCAAGUUUUGGGGUUUUAUUCAUAAAAAAAGGGGGGAUUUUCCAGUUUUCGGACAAUAACCCAUAAACAAUUUCACCAAUUUGCAAGAAACUUUGGUGAAUUAUUUAUUCUAUCGACAUAAGCUCCCUUUUGAUUUUUAUAAAUUUUAGACCAUACUUUUUCGAUUUAUGGGGUUUUAUUCAUUACAAAAAGACGGAUUUUCCAGUUUUCGGAUAAUAAGUCAAAAAUGCUUUUAGCAUUUUUUAUGAAACUUUAGUAAAUUGUUUAUAUCCAUUGUUGUAAGCUCCCUUUUGAUUUUUAUGAAUUUAAGAUUUAACGUUUCACAGUUAUAAGAUUUUAUUCAUAAAAAAGGGGUAAUUUUCAAGUUUUUAGACAAUAUCCUUAAAGUACUUAGAGCAGUUUUCAUUAAACUUUGAAGACUGAUUCAUAUCUAUUAAGAUAACCUCCCUUUAGUUUUUUAUAAAUUUCUGAUAUAACAUUGUAAAGUUAUUGUUUGUUUAUAGUCUGACAACAGAUUUACUAAGUAUUGCGCAACAGCACAAGUGUAUUGCACAAGAAAUCUUAAAUUGAAUAUAAAUUUAAUUCAUAAAACCAAUUUCAAGUUCUUUGACUACAUUUAUUCAGAAACCUAUAAUAUGUCAAAUAUUUAAUUACAGUCUAAAUUCACACCUGUAUCGAGCGCGAAUAUUGUGUCCCUUUUGCCCCAACUGUUCAGGGUUGGACCUCUGCGGUUGUAUCCAGCUGCUCUCAGCAAAGCAAUUUAUUGAAGUUUUAUUAUCUUUCUUAAACUAUCCUAGAUUUCUACUUGGACAGAAGCUUGUUUAUGCUCAUAAGAUACAAAAUGAAGUAUGCUCAUAAGAUACAAAAUGAAGUAUCAGGAAGUAAAUUUAAAAUAUGAAAUCCUUGUACUUUAUUUAUAAAUGGACUUAGUUUUUCUGCCAUUUAACAUUACAUUCACUGACUCUGCGUUUUAAGUUCAAAAUUUUUAUUAAAUUUCUAAAAGUAUAUUUCUCAUAAAAUGAUUUUGAUAAUUUAUUUGUCAUUUGUUUAUUUUUAGUUUCACUCUACAUGGUAUUUUUGAACAGAUAUUUGUUCAGUUUUAUGCAUGGCCAGUCUAGAAUAUUACAUAUGAUUCAGUGUUAAUAAUUUGUAUAUAAGCUUUUAUUUUGUUACAUCAUAAUAAUUUUUACAACUUUGUAUUUUGUCUGCUUUUAGGCAUUAUUGUUCAUGGAAUCUUUUGUUUAUUUUUUUUAUUGAAUUAUGUACAAUAUUUAUUUGCUACAACACUAAAUGAAUUAGAAACGUAUUUACAAAUAAAGUGACCACAAUGAGAAAUGAGACAUUCAUGUAAUUUUUUUUAAAAUUGCUCUCAUUCCAUAGAUAAGAAUCUCCAAACGUCUGCAAGGUCAUGAUGUCUUUUAUAUCAGUAUAUAUUGAUUGAUCAUUGCAAGAAAGUGGUGUGUAUUGAAUUUAAAUUCAAGUAGAUCAUUUUAACUAUAAUGAAAUGGUUGAAGUUGAAUAGUGUUAACAAACUCUUAAAGAAAUAAAAAUAAGGUUAUCAGUAUAAAUGUAAAUAAAUAUAUAUCUUGAUGAGAAAUUUUGUACUAUAUAAGCCAUGUUACUGUUUAGAGAUAAUGAUAUGCAAAUAAAUGUACUGCUUCUAAACAGAAACUUUGAUUAUUUGGAAAAAAACUCACAUUCUGAAUUAUGAAACAGCUAUUCAUAAUCAUCAUUUAUCAAAUUUUAAUAAUUAUUCUCACAAUUUUGUCACUUGUUCAACAAAAGCAAUCAUAAAUGUGCAAAAACAUUUCUGAAUUUAUAUUAUUAUAAAAUCGUAUGGCUUGUGACAAUGAGAAAAAACCCAAACUGUAAAGUCAGUUAUAAAAGGUCUAUCCAUGAAAAUAUAUGGAACAAAUGCAAUAAACCUAUACAUAAAUG